ACAAGGUCAUCACCAUUCAUCAGUUACCAAGGACAACAUUACAUUUAACCUAAGUUUUCAAACAAGAUGGAUCUAAUUGCUCACAUACAAAAUUUCCACGCUUAUCUUUGUCAUGAUAUAGAUCCUCGGGUAAAAGAUUGGCUUUUUAUGAGUGACCCAAUACUGCCAACUCUUAUAGUGAUAGCCUAUCUAUUGUUUGUAUAUUACGGACCAAAAUGGAUGGAAGAAAGAAAGCCGUUCCAUUUACAGAAUAUUCUUGUAGUUUACAACUUCUCAUUGAUGAUAUUUUGUGCAUAUAUAGUCCGCGAGUUUCUGCUAGGAGGCUGGAUGUACGAAUAUUCUUUUGGCUGUCAGACUGUGGAUUAUUCUAAUUCACCAACCGCUCUACGGAUGGCAGGGGCAGUGUGGCUGUUUUUCAUUGCGAAGUUUGUAGAGCUGAUGGAUACGGUAUUUUUUAUCUUACGUAAAAAGAACAGUCAGGUGACAUUUCUGCACGUGUUUCAUCACGGUUGUUUGCCAAUGUUCUGGUGGUGGGGAGUCAAAUCUGUACCAGGGGGUUUUGGUACAUUCCAUGGGUUGGUAAAUUGUUGUGUCCACGUUGUCAUGUAUUUUUAUUAUGGUUUGGCGGCAUUAGGACCAAAGUAUCAAAAGUACCUAUGGUGGAAGCAAUAUGUAACAAUAUUUCAGUUG